UGCACUGUAAAUGCUCUGAGCUGGAGCCUUGGUUUCUUCAUUCCCACACAUCUAUACACACAGAGAACACAUUUCAUACACAUCAACAGUGACUUGAUCAACUGUACUGCCAUCCACAUACACACACUCAUCAUGGACAUCACUCUAUUCAGCUCCCCUGAGACUCUAACACUCUACUGCAUUGUUGGUGUUUUGCUUCUGCUUGUGUUGAAAUGCAUGCUGGGACGGCGCCAGUCCUCUGGAGGUGUCACAGCGCUGCCGUGUUUGCCGAGCGUGCCUGUUCUAGGCAGCCUGCUGCACCUGCGCUCACCUCUUCCUCCACAUCUGCUCUUUUCCAAGCUGGCCAUUAAAUACGGGCCGCUCUUCAGCCUGUACAUGGGGCCGCACUACACGCUGGUGGUGAGCAAGGUGACACUGGCCAGAGAGGUGCUGCUGCACCGGGGCAAAGACUUCGCUGGACGGCCCAAGAUGGUUACCACAGACGUGCUGACUCGAGGAGGGAAAGACAUUGCGUUUGCAGACUACAACACACUGUGGAGGAAUCAUCGCAGACUAGUGCAGUCCUCCUUUGCGCUGUUUGGGGAGGGCUCCAGCAAGCUCCAGACUAUUGUAUUAGAUGCUGCAGAUAACCUGUGUUCGGACCUGCAGGCCUGCAGGGGGCAGUCUGUGGAUAUGGGUCCAAUGCUUAUGCGAGCCGUCACCAAUGUGGUGUGCAGGCUGGUUUUCGGGUCGACCUAUGAUGCCCACGACCCCGAGCUCCAGCAGGUCAUAGAAUAUAAUGACGGUAUUGUCCAGACCAUUGCACGUGGAAGCCUUGUGGAUAUCUUUCCUUGGUUACAGAUUUUUCCCAAUAAGGACUUGGCCAGGCUGAGAGAUUGUGUGUAUAUCAGAGACAAAUUGCUGACCACGAAACUGGAAGAGCAUAAGUUGUCUCUUACACCUGGGGAACCACGUGACCUCCUAGACGCUCUCCUGAGUGGGUCGGGUGGUGAGGGCGGUGUCACAGAUGAUCACAUUUUGAUGACAGCAGCUGAAGCGUUUGGAGCUGGAGUAGAGACCACAUCCACCACUUUACUCUGGACUAUAGCGUUCUUACUACACUAUCCAGAAGUGCAAGAACGUCUUCACACCGAGCUGGACGAGUGUGUGGGCAGGAACCGACACCCUUCUUUGAGUGACAGGACCAGUCUGCCAUUCCUGGAGAGCGUGUUAUGUGAGGUUAUGAGAAUUCGCCCUGCCAGUCCUAUCCUCAUCCCCCAUGUUGCUAUGCAGGACACCAGUUUAGGAGGUCAUGAUGUUCCGAAGGGAACGAGAGUCUUGGUGAACAUCUGGGCGAUCCACCAUGACCCAAAACACUGGGAAAACCCUGACCAAUUCAGACCAGACAGAUUCCUGGAUGACAUGGGUAAGAGGAUAACUCCACCCAGUUACCUUCCCUUUGGGGCGGGGCCCAGAGUGUGUGUGGGCGAAUCGUUGGCCCGGAUUGAGCUGUUCCUGUUGCUCAGCUGUCUUCUGCAGAGGUUUCAUUUCAGCGUCCCUUGUGGUGCUUCCCUGCCUGACCUGUGUGGGCGCUCUGGAGUCGUGCUUCAACCACUACGCUACCCGGUCACAGUAAAACUGCGCCAUUGAACACAGCCAGCAAUGAUAUAACCAUAUCAACAUUAUUUCUAGGUGCAGCCUGUUCAUUCAGUAUGCUAUAAGAAAACAUCAGCUAAAAAAAAAAAUUAAGGCUAACAGGAAUCUUCUUAACAAGUCAGUAUAUGCAGGUCAAACCUGUUAGAUGUUAAAAUAAACAUCUAAGACAAAAUUUGUAGAGAUACCAGGAAAAAACUGGUGGAUCGGAUUCUGGAGAAUACAUAUCGGAUAUCAGAUCCUGUAAGAAAUAACAAAAGAUUGGAAUUGGAUUUGGAAAAGAAAUUCAUUUUUGCAAACUGGAAAUGUUUACAUGUGAAGAAAGUUGACUGUUUUUUCUUUUGUUAGGAUUGAUUUUUAUUUUUAUUCAUACUUUAUUAUAUUUAAAAUGUAAGUGAUUCUUAUUUUAAAGAGUUUAACCAUCAAGUGAUACUCAGUGUUCAGCUGAUGCUGAAGGUAACAGUACAGGAAAAUCGGAUCAUUUUUUUUACUGACUUUACUGACUUGGUAAGAGGAUUGCCUAGCUUGAAAAUGCAUUUUCUGUGGCAUGUUUUUUUUUUUUUUUAUAUCAAUUGUUCUUUAAAAAGUUAAACAGUUUGUUUAAAUUAUAUAACAAAAUAUUAUUAUUAGGUAACACACUAACAUUUGUAAUAUUUGUAAAAAAAAAAAAAAAAAAAAAUUAGAACUCUGUAAGAGCUAUAAUUUGCUUUCAGAUGAACAAAUGAUGAAUGAAUAAGCUGGAAGUUUCACUGAUUAAACAACUAUAUUUCACUGGUUUUCAAAUUUGUCUCCAUCCACUGUGAUUACCACAAACAUUAAUUUUACAAUAUUGUUCAUUUCAGUUGUUAAAUUCCACUGAUAAAAAAAAGUAUUUUUGUAAAAGUUUUUUUCUUUUCAGAGGGACUAAUUCCCUCUGUACAUGGUCAUCACAAAAUCUAAGCAAGUAGCGGAAAUGAUUUGUUUACUAGAUUUACUGCAGUGUUGGAAAGUUAGAAAAACUACAUAACAUUAUAAAUUUGCGUAUUUUAAACAUUUAUUGUGUAGUUUAAAAAAUAUGUAGGUUUAUAGUAAAUGAGUUUUCUGAAAAAAAAAUAUUUCAAAAUUCUUGCCUGUGGUCAUCACACAUACACUACAGAUGCAAGAGUACUGCGCACACACACACACACACACACACACACACAUUUAGCGAGUAC